CAUUUUCCCAAACUUAAUUUGAAACGAUUCCAAAAAUAAAUUUGGGCGGUUAACACAAAAAAUGUAACAUCACUCUCCUCUCCCCUUUCCGCCAUCGCUCGUUCCUGAUUGAACUCUUCAACUGUGGAGAGGAUUUGAAUUGGAAAGGAACUUCUUGAGGCAAAGCGUAUUGAAAAAGAUAAAGAGAGAAAUUGUUUGAUAGCCUUCAGGAAGGCAGAGAAAGAUGAAGAGAAGAGAGCCUUGGAAAAAAUUCAAAAGAAGGUGGAAGAAGACAAGGUUGCUGAAAGAAGACGCAAACUUGGGUUGCCUCCAAAGGAUCUCAGCAACAUGUUAUAAGGUUUUGCAGCAGCAGGACAUUUUUACACAGAUUGGUUAGAUUAGUUUCACUUUCUUGUAUGGGCUUACAGGUUAAUGGAGAUGAUGAAUGGUCAUUUGGGUACUGUGAACAAGGAACUGGAGUCUUUAGCUGUCCUGCUAAAUUAUAUAUACCGUGAAAAUAUCGUUCUUGGACAAACAAAUUUUUCUAACUCCAAGGUUAAUCAGAUUUUGAGGAAACUAAGUGGAGAAUGUCCUGGAAUCUCCUAUGACUUGUUCUCAAGUAAUCGCAAUCAUUCUGUGUUGAGAUUUGUGAAAAGUUUGGUGUUCCCAAACUUCCAGCAACUGCCUUGCUGGUGGUACUCAUGAAUCCAUCCAUUGUAUCCAUGAUGAAAGAGAAGCCUUGCUCCAGUUCAAACAAGGCAUUCAAUUUGAUCGUUGUGGGUUGCUCUCAUCAUGGCAAGAACAAGCAUCACAACACCAUUUAGAGUGCUGUCAAUGGGAGGGUGUGCACUGCAAUAACCACACCGGCCAUGUAACCAUGCUAGCUCUUCGCGGGGUUGCUGGUGAUCAACCUUGUUUGGAAGGUACAGUAAGUACUUCCCUCCUUAAACUGAAACAUCUGAAAUACUUGGACCUAAGUUUGAAUGACUUUGGAGGUGAACCAGUACCUUCCUUUAUUGGUUCUUUUACCAAUUUACAGCACCUCAAUCUUUCCAAGGCCGGUUUUUCGGGUGAAAUCCCUCAUCAGCUUGGAAAUCUUUUCAACUUAGCAUCUCUUGAUCUUAGUUGUGAUUUCGGCAACUCCUAUGGCUGCCCUUAUGCCGAUUCCUUAAAAUGGCUCUCCCAUUUAACAUUGUUGAGAGACAUAAGUUUGAGUGGAAUUGAUCUUAGUCAAACUAGUGAUGAUUGGUAUCAAGUUGCUAAUAACCUCACUUCCUUAAGUGUUCUUCACAUGGAAAGGUGUGGUCUUUCUCCAUCGAUUCUGAACUCCAUUUCAUACAUGAAUUCCUCUUCCUCUUUUAGUGUCAUUGAUCUUAGUAACAAUAAUUUCAAUGACACUUCAAUCUUCAAGUGGUUGUUUAACUUGAAGGGAAUUGGUAGUACCCUUGUUCAUCUUGACCUCUCUGAUAACCAAAUUCCAGGCCCUAUCCCACACAAUUUUGGAAAAAUGCUCUCCCUUUCCUAUCUUGAUUUGAGUUCUAAUCUUCUUCAAGGUCCAAUUCCGAGUGCAUUUUGGAAUAUGCGUAGUAUUUCAUAUCUCUCUCUCGCUAAAAAUCAACUUGAAGGUCCAAUUCCAGACACAAUCUCGAACCUGAAACACCUUUCCCAUCUCAUUCUCUCUGGAAAUGCUUUUCAAGGUAGAAGAAACUUUCCAAAAUCUCUUGGUAGCUUAUGUAACUUACAAGAUAUAAGGUUUAAUGACAAUAAUCUCGACGAUGAGUUAUCCACCAUCAUUCAAGCCUUAUCAGGAUGUGUGCGCAAGUCACUGGUGUCUCUAGAGUUAUCCCAGAACCGGAUUUGGGGUUCCAUCCCCGACAUAAUCAGCACAUUUUCUUUGUUGGAUGGUUUAAUCCUUAAUACUAACCGGUUGAAUGGCACGAUUAGUCCGGGUAUUGGACAACUUCAAAUGCUUGAGAUAUUGGAUCUUUCUUACAAUUCUUUAAAAGAUACAAUUUCUCACAAUCACUUGUCAAAUCUUUCAAGAUUAAGUAUUCUAGACUUGUCCAAUAAUCCUGAUCUAGUCGUUCACAUCAGUCCCGAUUGGGUUCCUCCAUUUCAGCUGACCUCCUUAAUUCUGGAAUCCUGCAAGUUGGGACCUUCUUUCCCAAAGUGGCUUGUAACACAAACCAAUCUCUCUUACAUUGGGAUAUCAAAUGCUGGAAUUUCAGACACUAUUCCUACUUCUUUCUGGAACUCACUGUCGCCAUCCAAUCUUGUGUAUUUGAAUAUGUCAUACAACAUGAUUUCCGGGGUACUCCCUAACCUGUCAGUUACCUUGCUCAAACUCCCUAUUGUAGACUUGAGUUCAAACAUUUUGAGUGGCGCAAUACCAUCAUUUCUAAGAAAUGCCACAAAGCUGUACCUAAACAACAAUAGGUUUUCUGACCUGAGUCCUUUCUUUUGUCCAAAACAGAAAACUAGUCUAACCUUUCUUAACCUUGCAAACAACUUGUUUUCAGGGGAGAUUCCUGAUUGUUGGAUGUAUUUUGACCAACUAUUAGUGCUCCACCUAGAAAACAACAACUUCUCGAGAAAGUUACCUGCAUCCAUAGGUGCAUUGACACUGCUUUACACACUGCACUUGCGCAACAAUAGUCUUUCAGGGGAACUGCCCAAAUCCUUACAGAACUGCACAUCUUUGGUCAUUCUUGAUCUUGGGUAUAACACACUGACAGGAAAAAUACCCCAAACAAUUGGUCAUAGUUUCGAAAAUCUUCGUGUUCUUAGCCUCCAGAGCAAUAAUUUUGUUGGGGAACUUCCUUUAAGCCUUUGUCAACUGUCACAGCUCCAAAUUCUGGAUGUUUCCAUCAACCACAUCUCUGGAAUCCUUCCAAAGUGCUUAUACAACUUAACAGCAAUGACCGGCACAGAAGACGGAUUACCAGAUUUAUACGUUGAUAAUGUGUACAACUAUUACGUGUACUCAGAAUAUGCACGGCUUAUGUGGAAAAGAAAAGAGCAGAGGUUCCAAAGAUCUAUGGGACAAGUGAUUGCUAUUGAUAUUUCUGAUAAUGAGUUAGAAGGUCAUAUUCCUGAGGGAAUUUCAAGCCUCACUGGUUUGAUUUUCUUAAACUUGUCAAGAAAUCAUUUGAGUGGAAACAUCGCCUCGAAAGUUGGGCAGCUGGUAUCAUUAGAGUUUCUUGAUCUGUCAAACAAUCAUCUUUCUGGUGAAAUUCCUACAACCCUUUCCGAAGUGGCGUCCCUUGAAAUUUUGGAUCUGUCAAACAACAACUUGUCUGGGAAGAUUCCAGUAGGGACUCAGUUACAGAGCUUUGAUUCUUCCUCGUAUAUGGGAAACCCUGGACUUUGCGGGUUACCUCUUCCGAAAUGUUCUGGAGAUCAACCACCAGCAAACAACGUGCAGGAAGAUGAUGCUUUUUCUGAACAGAAUGAGGAUGACAGUAGUGAUAUUCUUCUGGGGUUGUUAAUAAGUGUUCUACUAGGAUUCAUAAUAGGAUUUUGGGGAGUUUUUGGAACGUUAGUGAUCAAAACAGCUUGGAGACUCGCGCUUUUCAAGUUUUUUGAUGACAUGAAGGAAAAGCUUUAUGCUUUGAUGGUUGUGAUUGUGAACAUAGCCAAAGUUUGGAGAACAUAAUGAAGUUAUCUUGGUGGUGGGUGUAGAUCAGUAGAUGCUACACCAUACUCUUAAAGUCAUCCAUACUUGCCUAGCAGCAAGCAGCAGGUUAUAUUUGAAGUUCUGUUUGUAAUUUGCAGUCUUGAAUAUUUCUCUGUUUCAUUCCUCUGUUUUUUAAUUCACGCAUUAGAGAAUGCGUUUCAAAACUCUUGAAGAAUUCUGUAUGUACAAUCUUUUCUUGUAAUUAGUUAAGCGUUUCAUAUACUGAAUUUGACAGUUUCUUCUGAACGAAAACAAAAUCCGUUUUGAUCCCAAGUUGUUCUUAUCGUUUUUAACAAUUGUCUAGUAAUUACUACGUAUGUAACAGUGUUUGAAAUAUGUACUACCUCGGUCUAGAUUUAGUUAUCAGGUUACGAGUUCAAAUUACAUUCUCAACGUGACAGUAAAUUCCCGAUGGAGGAAGCUUCUCUUAAUGUUCAAUGUCGUUGGUGAUACUUCAGCUGGAAAAUAACACAACAACAUUGAAGGUUUUUGUCCUUUUUAUCUAACCUUUGAUUUCCAAUGUACAUUGACUAUGAAAGAAGGGCAGAAGACAUUCAAGGUUUCUUGGUGGAAAUGGCAUAAAUUGUUUGAGAAAUCGUACGUUGUGAUGCCGAGGUUUCUUGAGGACUUUGGCUUUAGCUAUUCUUCCUUCGAUAGUACUCCCUCCGUCUCUUUUUGUUCUUUACGUUUUCUUUUUUGGAUGUCCCGAAAUGUUCUUUACAUUUCCUAUUAUAUUAUCACAUAAAUGAUUUAAUAUUCUAUCAAAA